CUUUGUAAAUGAACAGCCAAAUAUUUCGGUUUCCAAAUUGACUAACAAUUGAAUUUCUACCCGUAAAAUCCAAAAGCGCUGGCGAUUCGAGCUGAAGGGGUGUUAAGUAUCUGGUUUCAUUGCUAGUCAAGCUUCAAACGCWGUAAGUCGACUACCGUAARAAUGGCAAGUCGUAAAACGAGAAAAACGCAGAAGCGAGCYCAAAGAGCAACGUCAAAUGUGUUUGCCAUGUUUGAUCAAAAUCAAAUUCAAGAAUUCAAAGAAGCAUUCAAUAUGAUUGAUCAAAACCACGAUGGAUUUGUCGAUAAAGAAGAUCUCCACGACAUGCUAGCCUCUCUUGGAAAAAACCCUACAGAUUCGUAUUUGGAGGAAAUGAUUAACGAGUCUCCCGGUCCCAUCAACUUCACCAUGUUCCUAACUCUGUUUGGCGAAAAGUUGAACGGUACUGAUCCAGAGGACGUAAUCCGCAAUGCCUUUACUUGCUUUGAUGAGGACAAUGCAGGGAAGAUACAYGAGGAUGUACUGAGAGAAGCGAUGAUGACAAUGGGAGAUMGRUUUUCAGAUGAGCAAGUAGAUGAUAUUCUUCGUGAUGCACCAAUCGACAAAGACGGCUUUUUGGAUUAUAACACUUUUACUCGUAUUCUCAAGCACGGCAAGAAGGACGACAAUGAUUAGGGACCCGCAAAAAACAAAACGUUUAUUCAUUAUGAGUGGAAUUUUCUGAAAAUAUGGUAUUCACUUGAUAGAUCAAAUGGGAGUGUCCUUAUUAUGGGCUCAAAAAUGGAUCAGUUAAUUAUCGCCAAGGAAACUAAGUUGCAAAGUUUGUAUCAAGAUAAAUAAGUUAAACCUCAGGGUUCUCUAUGUGAAAAGCUAAUUAAUUCCUUUGGUAAGCUCAUUCAGUAGAAUUUCAUUUUCAGAAUAGUGUCAAGGGAUUUCUGUCAUAAACGUAAGUUUUAUUUUAUAGUAAAAGCKUUAUAUUUCAAGCCUA